CUGCGAUUUCCUCAUUGUGUUUGUUUCAUUGCACCGUGUUCAAGUUAGAGGGAGAUAUCCGCCUGUCAGCCUGGAGGUCGGGACGCGACGCUAAUCUGUGCUUAAAUACAUCAACCUGAAACCCAUAUAGAUUCAAUACCCCGUCGAUCGAUCCUGAAACAGUACAAUCCCAGCAACAUGGCUGAUCUAAGUAUUGAUCAGAAAAAAUUACCUGGCGUGAAGGAAGUGUGCCGGGACUUCGCUGUGCUGGAGGAUCAUGCCCUCGCCCACAACCUGCAGGAACAGGAGAUUGAGAAUCACCUGGCAUCAAACAUCCAGAAGAGCCGACUGGUGCAGUAUGACCUCCAGGUGGCAAAGAGGAUGCAGGAUGAAGAGGACAAGAGGGCAUGGGCACGCAACCAGAGACGCCAACGAGACAUAGUGCACAGCGAUAACGAGAUCGCACAGGAGAUUCAGGAGCAGCUGGUGAAGCAGGCCCUGGAUAAACGACAGCAGGAGGAGAAGGACGAGGCCAUCGCUCGCAGACUUCAUGAGAAGGAGCUGAAGGAGGAGAGGAAGAGGAAGCAGCAGCUGCAGGAUGUCCCUUAUGAAGACGAUUACUAUGAAGACAAUGGAGACCACGCCCGAAACAGACAUAAAGAGCGUGGGCCACAAGAGUACGAGAGGCUACACAGAUACAGGCACCGGAGCUGGGAAAGAGACACCGACCCCCAGGCAGAAUCCAGAGGGUCCCAGUCCACCUUCUACAUGCACAGCCCCGAACCUACCAGGGCUCCCCACCACAGACACGAACUGCAGGAACCCGAGAGGGAGCGAGACACGAGGAGGAAGGAGAAGCCUGCUAGACUCCCACCACCCAACCACAGCAAAAACAGCAGGGAACACAGACAAGAACGUGGCAGGGAGAUCAGACGUGAUCACAGCAAGGAACACAGACAAGAACAUGACAGGGAGAUCAGACGUGAUCACAGCAAGGAACACAGACAAGAACAUGACAGGGAGAUCAGACGUGAUCACAGCAAGGAACACAGACAAGAACAUGACAGGGAGAUCAGACGUGAUUACAGCAAGGAACAGAGACGAGAUCACAGCAGGGAACACGAACAAGAAUGUGACAGGGAGAUCAGACGUGAUCACAGCAAGGAACAGAGACGAGAUCACAGCAGGGAACACGAACAAGAACGUGGCAGGGAGAUCAGACGUGAUCACAGCAAGGAACAGAGACGAGAUCACAGCCGGGAACACAGACAAGAACGUGGCAGGGAGAUCAGACGUGAUCACAGCAAGGAACAGAGACGAGAUCACAGCAGGGAACACAGACAAGAACGUGACAGGGAGAUCAGACGUGAUCACAGCAGGGAACAGAGACCGGAUCACAGCAGGGACAGCGUGCCACACCGUAGCAGGGACGCAAGCCGGGAACAGCAGAUUAGUGAGAGCUACAGGGUCUCGGCUGGCCCGAGCAGACGCUGGUCUUGGGAGGAGUACAGUGGAAGGGAGGGGAGGGAGGACAGGCAAAGGCUGCCCUCUGGGUGCGAUGAGGUGUUCCAUGAUCCGAGCUCCAGACACCACAUGAGGGACGCCAGGACAGAGCCCUCGUGUCGAGCUCAGGAGAGGCACGGAACACGCUCGCAUUCCAGUGAGGACUGGCCAGAGAACCAUCCCCACCACAGAGACCAGAGAGGGAGGAAACCCCGGGGGGAGUAUGGGGUGCAGGAGGUGAUUCAGGGAGUCACUCGUCUUGAUCUCCGAGGCAGCGAGCUGUCAGACCUGGAGGUAGCCCUGAGGCUGCAGGAGGAGGAGCUAAAGGCUAGCAACUUAGACAAGAGAGCAGUCCAGAUGGCACAUGAUGAGGAAAUUGCCUGGCUACUGAUGGAGAAGGAGAAGAGAUUGCACAUAAGGUCGAGGGAUCGGGAAAAGGGAACAAUGGAAAUGAGACGACAGGAGCCAGAAUGGAAGCUGGAGCCAGGAGAGGUGGUGCGGCCGCGAUCCCGGGAAGGCUACGAGCUCCAGAGACCAAGGAGCAACAAACCAACCAGGCCACCUCGACCCGUGGGUGACUAUGAAAACGUUGAUGCCAGCUACAGAAACACAGGCUCCCACUGCUCGCCUCGACCCUCCACCAGGUCUGACACAGGAUAUAAAGGUUCCUAUUCCAGGCAAUGAUCUUGAUACCGCCCUCACUCUCCUUUGUAAGGUGUGGAAGAAACCUGAUGUGGUUUUCUGAACAUCUAGUUUUUUUUUUUUUUUUUUAAAGAUCGCUGUUGACAUUCCAACUAUCUGUCUAGUUCUGAGAACUUUGGGGAGAAAACUAAGUGACGAGAUAACUAAGGAAGCAAGAAAAAAAAACGUGAAUUUUGUCAAAUGUGUGAACAGACUGAUGCCUGUCGAACGUUCUUGUCGUGUGAAAAAGCAUGCAUGCACUGUGGUCUUUUAUACAGUUAGAUUUCUGUGUGUUGUUUUGUAGGGCAAAAGUGUUUGGUGUCUGGAGUUAAUGAAGGGUUAUUGAGACGCGUGGGCGAUGGAUAAUGAACCAAUAAAUCCGCAGUGAAAUCCCCUGGAUCACAGCGGGCAUGGCUACUGGUGAGCAGACUGAACAGUUCAUUCCGGUUUGCACUUCUGGACAGCCCAGCCAGGCCCGGUGAUUGUAGAGCUAUAUGUAGACAAAUGGGGUGUGAGGCAGAACUUUGAGAAUUAGAAGAAAAGCUGCACUGAGUGCUCCAGAUUUACAGUGACUCACCCUUGUAACUAAUGCAUCCCUUUUUUUACUCCCACUCCAAGUGAUCGUUUCCUUUGACGUCGCUGGUUACCUUCAUGCUUUUCAACAGUUGCAAACACAUUUUAUUCAUAAACAAAAGCCCUUGUCAGGGAUUGCUUCUUAUAGACUCAAGGAAUCCGUACAUGACAUACAGCUCAGAAAAGGGUUGCAGUUAAUCUUACCGAUUACAUACUGCCAUCAUUGGUCUCACAUUGUCCUAUACAAAAAGAUGCACACAUCUUGGUUUCAGGGCCACUGGGGUGUUGUACAUGACCUUUACUAUAAUGUUACUCAUUGUCAUUUUUUUUGCUUGAUAAUUGUACCUCCUAAUUGUGACUAAACACAGUAGCAUCUUAGUUGCACACAAUAUGAAAGAAACCCAAGUACUGGAUUGUAAACUAAGCGCCCUUCAAUGUAAUCACUGUCCUCUAUGAUAUUAUUUCUUGCGUAUAAGAUUACAGAAUACUGUAUAUCAGCUUGUUUCUAUAUUUUAAAUCAUUAUUGUUCAGGGAUGGCAAAAAAGACUCCUAUUGCAUAACAGUUUUAUCCCCGUUUCAGGUUUUAAUAUGAACUUGAUCAGCCACAGUGUAUCACUAUCAAGCUCAGGUGUGUCUUAUUAAACUCAUAGUAAAACCAGGACCGGAUCAAACCGCUAUGCAGUGGGAGUCUUUCCAUCCCUGUUAUCACUAAUAAUUUUUGCACAAUUGUAGAAUAUUUAUUUUAGAUAUUUUUUUACC